UGAAACUGCGAACACGAUCGUGUGAAUGUUGCAGUUUCUAGUUUUGAUACAAACAAACAAAAACACAAUUUAAUCUUAGAUUAAAAAGAAAAAAGAGAACGGAGCCCACUAGCCACUCCUUCAAACGUGUCUUACCAACUCUCUUCUAGAAACAAAUUAGGCUUCACCUUCCUCUUCCAACCUCUCUCUCUCUCUCUCUUUCUCAAACCGUCUCUCCAUAAAGCCCUAAUUUCUUCAUCACAAGAAUCAGAAGAAGAAAGAUGGGAAGGUCUCCUUGCUGUGAGAAAGACCACACAAACAAAGGAGCUUGGACUAAGGAAGAAGACGAUAAGCUCAUCUCUUACAUCAAAGCUCACGGUGAAGGUUGUUGGCGUUCUCUUCCUAGAUCCGCCGGUCUUCAACGUUGCGGAAAAAGCUGUCGUCUCCGAUGGAUUAACUAUCUCCGACCUGAUCUCAAGAGGGGUAACUUCACCCUCGAAGAAGAUGAUCUCAUCAUCAAACUACAUAGCCUUCUCGGUAACAAGUGGUCUCUUAUUGCGACGAGAUUACCAGGAAGAACAGAUAACGAGAUUAAGAAUUACUGGAACACACAUGUUAAGAGGAAGCUAUUAAGAAAAGGGAUUGAUCCGGCGACUCAUCGACCUAUCAACGAGACCAAAACUUCUCAAGAUUCGUCUGAUUCUAGUAAAACAGAGGACCCUCUUGUCAAGAUUCUCUCUUUUGGUCCUCAGCUGGAGAAAAUAGCAAAUUUCGGGGACGAGAGAAUUCAAAAGAGAGUUGAGUACUCAGUUGUUGAAGAAAGAUGUCUGGACUUGAAUCUUGAGCUUAGGAUCAGUCCACCAUGGCAAGACAAGCUCCAUGAUGAGAGGAACCUAAGGUUUGGGAGAGUGAAGUAUAGGUGCAGUGCGUGCCGUUUUGGAUUCGGGAACGGCAAGGAGUGUAGCUGUAAUAAUGUGAAAUGUCAAACAGAGGACAGUAGUAGCAGCAGUUAUUCUUCAACCGACAUUAGUAGUAGCAUUGGUUAUGACUUCUUGGGUCUAAACAACACUAGGGUUUUGGAUUUUAGCACUUUGGAAAUGAAAUGAAAUGAAAUACUAUAUUAAUCAAUUUAUAGCUGUGAAUUGUGAUAUAAAAGCUAUUAACAGACUCGUUCAUGGUUCUCAACUUUUCUAAUAACUAGUAAUUUUAUUCAUAUCAUAGUUGUUAGGAUCUGUCGUCAUAUUUGAUAAUCUACUAAAAAGAUGCGAAAAUGUUCGCCAUUUGUAAGUGUCGCAUGGGUGUAAUGCUUUGCUGACAAGACAUAUGCAUUCAAAUUCGAUCCUUGGUAUAUUUCUAGAAUUUUACUCGAUAAUCC